UCACUAUCAUCCCGCCUCUAAACUGUCCCUCGCAUCUUGUAGAAGCAUCAAUUGUAGCCUUCUCUUUCCUCUCUUCCACACGACAGAAAGUACACACUUGAAGUUUAAUCGCAGAUACAAGAGAUACGUGGGAUGAGAGCUCGAGCGCAGCCGCACAGAAGCGAGAGUGGAACGUCGCCGACGGGGUCUAACCGGUCCAGAACAACUCGGAGCUUUUAAGCUAUUUGCGUGGAAGGGUGGAUUUAAUCAACGUGGAUCACUGAAAAGCAUGCACUGAGUUUGAACAGUACCCGCCGCUUGUUUUUAAACUUUCGAGAAAAGGGUGAAUAUCAGAAAGCUAACGGAAAAGGGUUGGGAAAAGGAGUGCAGUCGGAACACUGGCUACGGGGUUCUACCAGUUUUGGGAUGUAGCCAGUUGAAUCGGAAUGCGUUGUAUUUUUGAGGACAAGGUUUUUAGUAUAACUGUCGACACGGGUGCAGUUAAAUAGGCUACACGGGACAUAAGGAGUGCAUUUAAACCGAGAUUAUGACACUAAUGGGACAUUAAUAUUUUGCAUCAGAACAAGUAAUUACAUCAUCUGAACAGUUCGAACAGAGCAUACUUCGUCAACAUGGACACAUUACGGAUUGCAAUGCGAGACGCGUCUCUGGUUUAUUCAAUGCUUCUUUUGACUUCUUUUUGGAAAGAGUCAGAGUGUCGAGGUGGUGGAGACACCCAGCCAAGGUUCUCCUCCUCUCUGCCCACCUAUUUUCCUGUCUCCUGCCAGCUGCAGGGCGCCGACUCCUCCUUUUUCCUUCGGGAGGCAGGACAGGAAGUGAUGCGUAAUGGCAGCCUGCAGACGCGCACCGAGCCCUUCUUCCUCCACCAACCAGAGGCGGGCGCCGUCCCCCUGCCAUCCGUCAACUGUAGCUACGGCAACCUGACGGCUGAGGCCCCCGUGCCCCUAGAGCUGCUCCAGGGGUCCCCGCGCCUCCUUGGCCCCUCCCCCACUCACAUCACCCUCAACUGGAAGGUGCGUGCCCAUGUGGUGAGCCGCAGGGUGGGCUCAGCACGCCCCCUCGUCCAGGUGCUGUUCUACCUGGCUGGCCGUCGCUGGGACGAGGCAGCCCCCCUUCCGGAGCAGCUGCCCUGUGUGCGGGUGAUAGCGGUGCGGGAGCCCAGCGAAGCCUCCCCAUCGGCGAGCUGCAGGUUGAAUGAGGUGGGGGGUGGCGUGGGGAUCUGUGUGGCCCGCUUGGAGCUGCCUGCUGGCUGGUUCACCCCGUCUCCAGGUCGGAAGAGGCUCCCGGAUACGGCCCUGACUGGAGUGGAGCUGUACUACUCUGUACAGCCCCUAGAGGGUGAGAACGAGAAGUGCCCAGGCAUCAAGGAUCAAUCGAGAGGGCAGAGUGGAUCAGUGGGGGACAUGCGGAGUGCUGGGCCCGUGGGGCUGGUGGUGGGGCCAGCGAGGCCCAGGGGGGAGAGGCUGAGACUGGAUGACAACGUGGAGAUCCUGGUGCCUCCCAGCCCCAUUAGACUGGGACAGAUGGUGGGCUUCGGGAUCAGCAUGAGUUCUGUCUCUAGUUUAGAGCAGUUCACUCUCAGAGCCCUGUUCAAACAAGGAGUCAACUUUGUGUCAGUGAAGCCCAGCAAUGUAGCUUCUGCCUGGGAGAUCAAACAGGAAACGCUACCCGGAAGUCCCUCAUUGUCCGUGUUCUGCCAGAGGAAGGCCAGCUCUACAGGGGAAAGGUUGGAGGGCUCCUUUUACGAGGUGAUGCAGGUGGAGUUUGAGAUGGACAACAUCAUCAACCUACAGUCUACCCAGACCAUCCAGUGGCAGAUCGAGUAUCCCUCCACAGGCACACAGGCAGAGGCCGUCUCCCACCUCUACAUCAGCCAGAGAGACAUCCAGGGCAUCGUACCCCUGGCCGAGGACACAGAGAUCGUGAACACGGCCAUCCUAACAGGCAGGCGUGUUGCAGUCCCGGUGAAGGUGGUCACAGUGGAGUGGGACGGUACUGUGAGGGAAGUGGACGAUACGGUCGGCUGUACGUCCACUGACGAGGACGUGGUCAAGGUGUCUCCUGGCUGUGAUACAGUGCUGGUGAACGGGAAGGAGAUGCGUGGUAGACAGUCUCUGAUGGUCAACUUCACCUACCUGUACCUGAGCACCCAGCUGGAGCUGACUGUGUGGGUGCCUCGUCUGCCCCUGCAGAUGGACGUCUCUGACACGGAACUCAGCCAGGUCAAGGGAUGGAGGGUGCCCAUCUUUUCCAACAAGAGGCCCACCCGCGACAGUGAGGAUGACGAGGAUGAUGAGAGGAAGGGCAAAGGCUGCACGCUACAGUACCAGUAUGCCCUGGUGAGGGUGCUCACCCACUUUGUAGCGGAGCCAGCAGCCCCUGGCGGGGAGCUAGUCUACAUGCUGGGGGUGGACUGGCAGGCAGACAUCACAGACCUGGUUCUGGACUACCUGAAGGUGGAAGACCCACGCAUUGCCCGGCUGCUGGAGGGACGCGUCCUGAUGGGCAAGGACCUGGGCAUCACCACUAUCCAGGUCCUGUCCCCUUUGUCCGACUCUAUCCUGGCAGAGAAGACCUUAACGGUGAAAGAUGACAAGGUGACCAUCACAGACCUGGGGGUCCAGCUGGUAGCGUCUAUAACCAUGAACAUGCAGUCAGGAAGCAACCAGGCCAUCGCACUGACCACUACCGCCCAGGACCUGCUGCACAGCCCCAAACAGGAAGCUGUCAUCAGCGCCUGGAUCCAGUACAGUGACGGCUCUGUAACUCCCCUCGACAUCUACGACCCCAGAGACUUCACGCUGAGCGCCACCUCCCUGGAUGAGGCGGUGGUGUCCACCUAUCAGGAGCAGCCACUGCGCUGGCCCGUGGUGGUGGCCGAGGGUGAGGGCCAGGGACCGCUGGUCCGAGUGGAGAUGGUCAUCUCCGAGACCUGCCAGAAGUCUAAGAGGAAGAGUGUCCUGGGUAUGGGUGUGGGCAGCGUCAGGGUCAAGUUUGGCCAGAACGACGUGGAGCUGAGGAGCCAGGACGAGGGAGAGGGUGGGCUGGAUAACAGCACCAGCGACCAGAGACAGAAGGGCCUGGAGGGAGACAAGGCUGGAUCGGACAGCUGGAAGCACACCAACGCUGCUUCAGACCGUGAGGAGGGCGCCAUGAGGAAGACUAGCACCACCACUAAGACCGCUGUCACCCACCGGGCUGGAGGCAACAAGCACAGCAGUGGGGGCAACAGCCGGGGGACAGGGGGCCAGAACGCCCCCGUGGACUACACCAGCUUCCCUGCCCAGGUGGACGUACCGGGAGGCGCGGAGAGCGACCUGUCUCAGACCCUCCGGGGCUUAUCCGACCUGGAGAUCGGCAUGUACGCCCUGCUGGGGGUCUUCUGCCUGGCCAUCCUGGUGUUCCUCAUCAACUGUGUGAGCUUUGCCUUCCGCUACCGUCACAAGCAGCUGCCCGCGCUGGAGCAAGGCAACAUGAACCACGCCCACGACUGGGUGUGGCUGGGCAACGAGGCCGACCUGCUGGAACACCACAGUGACCAGCGCCAGUCGCCGCACCAGGACGAGUGCACCACCAUCAUUGAUCGGAGUGAGGGCUACGAGGAGAGCAAGUAUCUGCUCAACGGAGGGGGUAAUGUGGAGGUGCAGAGGACCUCCACCCAUGGCCAGACCCUCCCCCGCUCUCUCUCGGAGCCCCGGCAGUGCGCCGGCAAGGACCCGGCAGGCAAGGCAGAGCCUCUCAACAACUCCCCCAGCGCUGCCAAGCGCAAGCGGGUUAAGUUCACUUCCUUCGCCACAGUGCUGCCUGACGAUGGGGGACCCUACACUAACUCCAUCCUCAUUGGCAACGAGGACGAUAUCAAGUGGGUGUGCCAGGACAUGGACCUGGGUCCAUCGGCAGAGAUCAGAACCUACAUGGAGAGGCUACAAGACAAUCUGUGAGAGAGAGAGAGAGAGAGAGAGAGAGAGAGAGAGAGAGAGAGAGAGAGAGAGAGAGAGAGAGAGAGAGAGAGAGAGAGGAGGUGGG